AGUUAUGUACUCUUUUGACAGAUCCUGAAUCUGAAAUUGUUUAUCACGAAGACAUUUUUUUUUAUAAAUUAACAGAUUAUUAGUACAGCAGUCAACUACGUUUAUAUUGUACUCUGAAAUAAACUAUUCUCUCAAAUGAAAAUUUUCGAAAAGAGAAGAAAUAUUCUUAGCUAGAAUGGGUGUCAAGAGUAGUAGUUUUCUUUUAGGUCUAUUUUCCCUAUUUUUUUGGUGUAUUUGUGGUAACUGUUCGUUGUAUAAAAAUCUCAGGCAUUUUGAGACAUUACAUGCUUCAAGUUUUACUCAUAAUGUAGUGAAGAGAGGGGCUAAAAUGUCCAACCAUCCUUUUAAUACUAUUAAGGAGUUAAAAUUCAAAACUCUUGGCAAACAGUUCAGACUUAUUUUGCACCCGCACACCACUGUGUUGCACUCUAAUUUUAAGGCAUAUGAAGUAGAUAAAGAUGGUAAAGAAAGCACAGUUCAUGUUGAUCGUGAUAAUUUUUAUACUGGCAGAGUAUUUGGUGAGAAGUCGUCAGAUGUGAAAUUACAUAUGGAGGAUGGUAUGGUUACUGGAGUCAUUCAUACUCCAGAAGAAACAUAUCAUAUUGAGCCCUCCUGGCGCCACUUGCCACAUCUGGGUGAUAGAACAAUGAUUACAUAUCGAGCAUCUGACAUAAAUUUUAGUUGGGCCACUGCUAAUAAUGAAAAGCCCCGUGUUUGUGGCUAUGUCAAGGAAGGUCAAGAACUAGAAGAGGGUGAUGAUGAUGGCGAUGACGACGAUGCUAAUAAUUUGGAGAUGAAACAAGAACAAUUGGAAAAAGACAAAUAUUUAAAUCAGUCACAAGUCAUAGACAAGUCAGGUUCGCAGCCGGAGGUGAAACGGCCAAAGCGGCAAAGUGAUUAUGAGUACACCCCUACUAAAACCAGGUGCCCGCUGCUUCUUGUAGCAGAUUAUAGAUUUUUUCAAGAAAUGGGGAGCAGUAACACUAAAUCGACAAUUAGUUAUUUGAUUAGUCUUAUAGAUCGUGUUCAUAAAAUAUAUAAUGAUACUGUCUGGCAAGAUCGUCAGGAUAUGGAUGGUUUCAAGGGUAUGGGAUUCGUAAUAAAGAAGAUAUUGGUUCACUCAGAACCUACGCGUGUCCGUGGCGGCGAGGCGCACUAUAACAUGGUGCGUGAGAAGUGGGACGUACGGAAUCUACUCGAGGUAUUUAGUCGGGAGUACUCUCAUAAGGACUUUUGUUUGGCACAUUUAUUUACUGACCUUAAAUUCGAGGGCGGUAUAUUAGGGUUGGCUUACGUUGGCUCGCCGCGUCGUAACUCUGUUGGAGGAAUAUGUACACCUGAAUAUUUCAAGAACGGCUAUACGCUGUACUUGAACUCGGGAUUGAGUUCGUCGCGCAACCACUACGGGCAGCGGGUGAUCACGCGCGAGGCGGACCUGGUGACGGCGCACGAGUUCGGUCACAACUGGGGCUCCGAGCACGACCCCGACGUGGCCGAGUGCUCGCCCGCCGCCAGCCAGGGCGGCUCCUACCUCAUGUACACGUACAGUGUCAGUGGCUAUGACGUCAACAACAAGCGCUUCUCCCCGUGCAGCUUACGUUCAAUAAGGAAGGUGCUGCAGGCUAAGUCUGGUCGCUGCUUCUCAGAGCCCGAGGAGAGUUUCUGUGGCAAUCUGCGUGUUGAAGGUGGCGAGGAAUGCGACGCCGGCUUACUAGGUACGGAAGACAAUGAUAUGUGUUGCGAUAAAAACUGCAAAUUGAGAAAAAGUCAAGGAGCCGUUUGCAGUGACAAGAACUCGCCAUGCUGCGCGGGCUGUGUGUUUGCGCCGCCGGGCGUGGUGUGUCGCGAGGCAGCGCACUCGGCCUGCGAGGGCGAGGCUACCUGCAAUGGCGCCUCCGCUGACUGCCCCAAGGCGCCGGCGAUAGCGGACGAGCACGAGUGCGCUGAACGUGGCCGCUGCCGCAACGGGACCUGCAUGCCGUACUGCGAAACACAGGGCAUGCACAGCUGCAUGUGCGAUAUCGUUGCUGACGCAUGCAAGCGCUGUUGCCGUAAAAGUUUGAAUAAGACAUGCUUUCCUGUGGCGCAUAAUGACAUAUUGCCAGACGGCACACCAUGUAUUCAAGGAUUUUGCAAUAAGGGUGUAUGCGAGAAAACAAUUCAAGACGUGGUGGAGCGAUUUUGGGACAUCAUUGAGGACAUUAACAUCAACAACGUGCUGGGUUUCCUGCGAGAUAAUAUCGUAGGCGUUGUAGUGCUAGUUACAGCCUUCGUGUGGAUACCCGCUAGUUGUAUUAUAAGCUACGUGGACAGACGACGGCAACGUCUCCAUCAGAAAUAUGUUUUAUGGGAGAAGCAAAGAGAGUAUAUCCAUCCUUCGUCGCCACGAAAAAUAAUAUCUACCAGGUUGCCGAAACAAAAGCCUCCGGGUAUGAAGACUGGCAUUCAGGGAACCAGUCAGUUGUUGAAUUGAUCCAGUUGUUUAGAUUACUUUUUUGUGUAUGUGGUAUCUCUGUAAUUAAUUUCUUAUGAAAUAAACUAAUAUAAGGACAA